AUGUACUUUUACAGUUUAAUAGAAAGAAACAAAGAAAGUUUCUGGUUUAUUUUUUUAAGUCAUACUAAUGAACAUUUACAUGUAUGGGAGAAAGUAAGUCUAAAUGAUGUUUUGGUUUUAAAUUGUUUGUUUCAGGCCUCUACAGAUGAUUUCUCAGAGUUGGAGAGUGGUAUGGCCAGUAUCAUUAAAGUUUUCCAUAAAUACUCGGGUCACAACUGCACACUGAGGAAGGCAGACCUUAAAGCUCUCAUCAACAAUGAGAUGAAUCACUUCAUCAAGAAAAUUAAGGACAAGAAGAUCCUGGACCGGCUCUUCACUGAUCUGGACCAGAACGGAGACCUGGAGAUCGACUUCAAAGAGUUCGUAGCCCUCAUCGCCAUGGUUACUUCAGCAUGUCACGAAAUCUUCAACCAGGCCCACAAACAUUGAUCAGUAUGUUUGCACUAUAUAUUCAUUAAACACUUGAGAAAAUCUGGAAGUCUGACUCUGUUUGUCUACUAGUGUGACUUGAUUAUUUUGUACUUUAACCAACUUAGAAAGCAGGUUGUGGUUAAAUCUUUUUUAUAUUAUGUUUUUCAUAACAUGAUUUAUUCUGCUUGGGGAAUUGGUACAUUUUUGCACAGUUCAGUAGUUUAUGAACUUUGCUGCUUGAAAUGAAAUGCCCAGUAUUUGGAUCAGUAUUUGGGAACCAUCUUCCGUACCUGGAUGAUGGUUCAGAAACCAUCAUCCAGCAGCAGCUCGGUUUCUACAGGAGUUUUAUAAAA